AGCCAGCGGCGGGGCGCGCCGUCGGGGCGGGCGGGUGCCGUCGCCGGGCCGAGACCGCGACAGCAGCAGCAGCAGCGCGGCGCGCCGGGCGUCCCUGGGGCGCGGGCAGCGAGCGGGGCAACGCGCUGAGGCCGUGGCUGUCAGACAGCCAUGGCUGUCGCCUACCUGCUGGGAAACGGGUCCGCGCCGCUCCUCGCCGGAGCCCUGGAGGUCCCGCUCGCCGCCAACGCCUCCGCCUGCCGCCCGCCCUGCCCGGCCUGGGGCAACGCCUCGGCGGCGCUGGGCUGGAACCGCUCCGAGCCCUGCGGCGGCAAUGGCAAUGGCAGCGCGGGCGGCGGCGGGCCCUGCGCGCCCGCGGGCGGCGGCCCCUCCGUGGUCACCGCCAUCGCCAUCAUGGCCCUCUACUCCGUGGUCUGCGUCGUGGGGCUCUUCGGCAACUUCUUGGUCAUGUAUGUCAUCGUCAGGUACACGAAAAUGAAGACUGCCACCAACAUCUAUAUUUUCAAUCUUGCAUUGGCAGAUGCCCUAGCAACAAGUACUCUGCCAUUCCAGAGCGUGAAUUACUUGAUGGGAACCUGGCCAUUCGGUACCAUCCUCUGUAAGAUUGUUAUAUCCAUAGACUACUACAAUAUGUUCACCAGUAUCUUCACUCUCUGCACCAUGAGUGUGGAUCGAUACGUGGCUGUUUGCCACCCAGUUAAGGCCCUCGAUUUCCGCACCCCCCGAAAUGCCAAAAUUGUCAAUGUCUGCAACUGGAUUCUUUCCUCUGCCAUUGGCCUGCCAGUUAUGUUCAUGGCAACUACCAAAUACAGGCAUGGCUCAAUUGACUGCACCCUUACAUUCUCCCACCCUGCUUGGUACUGGGAGAACCUCCUGAAGAUCUGUGUGUUCAUCUUUGCCUUCAUCAUGCCGGUGCUGAUCAUUACGGUGUGUUACGGGCUGAUGAUUUUACGCCUGAAGAGCGUCCGCAUGUUGUCCGGCUCCAAAGAGAAGGACAGGAACCUGAGGAGAAUCACCAGGAUGGUUCUUGUGGUGGUGGCAGUGUUCAUUGUCUGCUGGACUCCCAUCCACAUUUACGUUAUCAUUAAAGCCCUGGUCAACAUCCCAGAAACUACUUUCCAGACUGUCUCCUGGCACUUCUGUAUUGCUCUAGGGUAUACAAAUAGCUGCCUUAAUCCGGUCCUUUAUGCGUUUCUAGAUGAGAAUUUCAAAAGGUGUUUCAGAGAGUUCUGCAUCCCCACCUCCUCAACCAUUGAGCAGCAAAACUCCACCCGAGUCCGACAAAACACUCGCGACCAUGCUUCCACUGCCAACACUGUGGAUAGGACUAACCACCAGUUGGAACUUCAAGAAGCUGAAACUACUCCACUGCCGUGACAGGGUCUCCUGCUGCAUGGCUCUCAGAGCAGUUGCCACUGCCUCAUUGUGCUAGUGGGAACAUGUAGGAUUUGCUUUCCCUCAAAAAAUAAAAUACCACAGAGGAAAGUGCCUGCUUUUCCAGUCUGUCAAAAAUUGCUUCUGCAGCACAUCUGCAUUGCACUUAACAGAAGCAUGAAAUGUAACAGCGAGCAGAGCCAGGAGAUACAGGGGCCUUUCCAGAAUCCACUGCUCAAAGCAUUCCUGUUUACCAGGGGCACUUACAUUAGUCUAAAACAAAGCUACUGUGCCGGUAGCAACCUGAUGACAUGCUCUUGGUAAGUUACAGUGGUGUUAAAACAGGUUGGAAACAAAAACUCAAAGGCUCGACAACCAUAGUUUGAAAAAUAAGGUGAGCUUUUGAGGAUGGAAAAUAAUGGGAUAUGAAGUUGUAAUAAUGUUGGGUAUACUCUAUUUACUCUUAAAAUUUAUUCAUAGAGGUGUUUUCUGUGCAGGUUAUUUACGUGCUGAAGUCUCAUGAGGUCAUGUAGAGCAACACAUUUUUAGUUCAAGAGGUCUUCUCUUGGAAGGGUUGCAUGUUUUGCAGUUUCAAAGGAAAUUUUUUUUCAGUGAUCCCUUAGAAAAAAAAAAACAACAAAAAAAGCAAACCAAAACAACUAAAACAAGACAAAAAACCCCAAAAAAGCCUCCAAGCUUCAUCUUCUCCUUCUAUUUCACAUAAAUUAAAAAAAAAACAGUAAAAUCAAAACAAUGAGCUAUUACUUUUUCUAAAAGAUAGGAGUAAAUGAAAGUAUUCUGCAUUGUUAUUGAUUGUCAAAUGAUCCCCAAAGUAGCAUAGAUUAACAUAAAUUUCUUUGGGAAUAAAAAUGCAGCUAUAAGCCUGUCACAGCUUGCACAGGCUGAUGAUGUCUUCUCUUUCAAGUAGUUUCUCAAAUUUCAGCUGCUCUGUCAGCAGCAUUUUCACUUUGUAAGUAAACAACAGCCCUUAUGUGAAGUACUUGGAGCAGUUAAUGCAUUAGACCUUUUUUAAAAAAGAAAUUUUAAAACCAAUUUUAAAAUAGUACAUUUUCUUAACCAAACCCACAGUAUGUUUGCUUUUCUAAUUAACAUGAUACAGUCUGCAUCUGCAUUUUGUAUUAGCUGCUAAAACACAUUAAGAUUUCAGGAAGAAACAAUGUGCUGCAGCAAAUGCCUUCUUAGCUGUUUUCUAUUAUGAAGAUUAGAAAUAUCCAUGUAGAUAACUUGUGGUUCAGUGGUAUUUUCUAGACAUUGUUUGUUACUUGCUCUGUAAAUAAAUCAUCAGUAGUUAACUGGAGGAAAAUUGUACUUUGAUGAAUUUAAGUGUAUUCUGAAAUACAACUAUAUGGAACAGGUUUUUUUUUGUUUGUUUGGUUUUUUCAUUCUGCAGCCAAAAUAUAUUUCUUAUUUUCAUUGUUAAAGUCUGUGUAAAUAUAAGGUUAUAAUGUGAAAUUGUUUGUUUCUGCCAUAGACUGCAUAAUAAAGACUGAAGACCAAAUCCUU